AUGACAACUAUACAAUUUAUAUUAGAUCCUACCCAAUUAACAAAAAAAGAUUUAGCAAUUUAUUCUUGCUUUAUUUGCAGAGAUAUUUCUUUUGAUGAUUAUCUUUAUCAAUGUUCUAAAGGCCACACUGCAUGUAAAGGAUGUUGGGCAAGACAUCUGCGCACAAAGAAAACAUGCAUGGAGUGUAUAGAAAAGAUAAACUCUUUAGAAAAUUUAUCAACUAAUAGAAAAUUAAGAGAAUUACUUUUUAAAAAAAAAUUCAAAUGUCCUUACCAUUACUCCAAUAUAAUCAAAUCAGAUGACUCUGAACCUUUAACAAAUACAGGUGAUGGGUGUAAAGAAAUUAUUAUAGGGGAGAAAUUAAAAAACCAUAUUGAAAAUUGUGAAUACAGAUUUGUAAAAUGUAAAAAUGAAAAGAAUGGUUGCAAUUUUAAUUCCAGGUUUAAACUCUACCACUCCCAUGAAGAUCUUUGUUUAUACAAGUACAUACCAUGCUUUUAUUGUAAAUCAUUAAUUGUAAAAAAUAAUGAAAUUAAUCACCAGGUAGAGUGCGAAUCGUUUCCAGUAGAAUGCAAGCUAUGCCAAAAUCAAUUUGAAAAAAGGGAAAUUAAUGAUCAUUUAGCAAAUAAUUGUUUAGAAUCAUUAAUUCCAUGCCCAUUGGAAGAAUUUGGUUGUAAAGAAAAAGAAAAACGUUCAAAAAUUCAAGACCAUUUAAAUGGAAACCAUAAUACUAUUUUCAUAGAACAAAUAAAAAAAAUUCACCAAUUACAAAAUGAAAUCUAUAAUCAAAACCAAUCAAUUAUUAAUCAAAAUGAAACAAUUAGUAGACAAGGACAAGAAAUUAAUAAUCUAAAAGAAAAUAUACAUAUAAUUAAAAAAGAUUUAGAAAAUUUCAAAUUAAAUUUACCAACCACCACCAAUGAACAAUUUCCAGAAAUUAAUAAAAUUCAAAAACCAGAAAUACACACAAACUAUUAUAAAAAUUUUUCUUACAAAAAUACAUGGAUAAUCGAAAAUUACUCAAAAAUAACCUCCACGAUUUGUAAUGUAAGUUUUGACCCAUUCAAUUUUGAAAUAAAUCUCAAUAAAAGAGAAAUUAAUGGUGAAAACGUUGUGGAACUAAGUGUUUAUUAUUGCAAAGACUUUGAAAUAAAUGUAAACUUUUCUUUUAUUUUACAAAAUCAUAAAAAGAUAACAACUUUAAAAGAACGAUUUAAUAAAGAUUUUACAGAAAAAUAUUUUUUAAAAAAAACUGCCUAUGGAUGGCAAAAAGCAUUUAGAGAGGCAAUAAAUAAAAAGAAUGGAUGGUUAACUAAAGAUGAUACAAUGGUACUUGAAAUUACAUUUAAAUGCUCAAGUAUUGUUAAACCCCUUUUUUCUUAA